GUUUUAUUUCAUAGUUCUAUCUUGCUGUAAUAAAAUAUUGGAAUCUUCCUUGCCCUAGUUCCUUGCUCAGAAUGGGAUUACAUUUCUUUACAGUGGUGAAAAAUAUCUUGAUAUAGCCCAUCCUUAUGGGAAGAAGAAUUGAGAGUUUUCUGAACCAGUUAUCCUCCUCCUAUAAUAUUCUAAUUACCGUAUCCCACAUUAUUUAUCUAGAUGUGUGUUUCAGGAAUAUUGCAAAGUAGAGAAGAAUUACAAUAGAGAAUUUGGAAGAUAAAAACUAUGAAUGGUGUGCCAUUGAAGAUUACUUGGUGCAAUGAAACGUCUGACACCCCUCAUUCUUCUUUCCUGUGGCUCCUUUAACCCCAUAACAAAUAUGCACAUGCGUUUAUUUGAACUAGCAAGAGAUCACCUUCAUCAAACAGGAAAGUACCAUGUGAUAGAAGGUAUAAUUUCACCAGUUAGUGACAACUAUGGGAAGCAAGGAUUGGUAGCAGCAAAGCAUCGAGUCGCAAUGGUUCGGCUUGCAGUUGAAACAUCCAACUGGAUCAGGGUGGAUCCUUGGGAGAGUGAGCAAAGUCAGUGGACUGAGACUCUCAUAGUACUAAGGCAUCAUUACAAAGAGCUACUUAAAUCACACAAUAUCAGAAAACUGUGUAGAGAAAAUACUUGGUUCAAAGAAGAAGAAGGUGUCCCAUCAAUCAGAUCAUCAGUUACAGUUGUUCCAGAGCUAAAACUUCUAUGCGGAGCUGAUGUUUUGAAGACAUUUCAAACACCUAACCUCUGGAAAACAGAAGAUAUUAUCGAAAUAGUGGAAAGAUUUGGAUUGGUCUGUGUUAGUCGUGCUGGCCAUGAUCCUUCCCAGUACAUCACUAAUUUAGAGUUUUUAAAUAACUGCCAGCAUAAUAUCCAUUUAGUAAAAGAUUGGGUUCUAAAUGAAAUCAGUGCUACCGGCAUAAGGUGUGCCUUGCGCAAAGGACAAAGUGUGAAAUACUUGUUGCCAGAUUCUGUUAUUUCUUACAUUAAGAAACACAAUAUAUAUAUGGAAAAGACUGAAUGAAAUAAAUUAAAGAAAAUUUGGUAUAGUCCCUUAAAGUGUUUAUGCUGUUUACUUAUCUUUUGGUAAGAUUGAGUGAGUCCAGAGACAGGCAUCAAAAAAUCUGCAAAGUCUGAGGAACAAAAUACAUUAGGAGAGAUUGGACAAACUGAAUAUGUACAGCCUGGAAAAAGAAGAAGGGAAAGGAGGAACAUGACUGAAACCUUUAAAUAUAUUAAGGGUGUGAAUAAGGUUCUAGAAGGAAAAUUUUGGUACAGGCAGUCUUCAACUUACAACUUAAAUUGAGCCCAAAAUUUCUGUUAGGAAGCUAGACAGUUGUUAAAUGAGUUUUGUCCCAUUUUACGACCUUUCUUACCACAAUAGUUAAGUGAAUCACUACAGUUGUUAAGUUAAUAAUAUGAUUGUCAAAUGAAUAUGACUUCCCCGUAAACAUUGCUUGUCAGAAGUUCACAAAACGUGAUUAUAUAACCCCAGGACACAUCAACUGUCAUGAAUAUGAGUUGCCGCAUAUCUGAAUUUUGAUCACAUGACCAUGGGGAUGCUGCAAACAUAAUGAGUGAAAAAUGCUCUUAAGUCACAUUUUUCAGUGGUGUUAUAACUUGGAACUGUUGUAAGUUGAGGACUACCUGUAUUAAGCUGUAUUAAGUUGAAAAUCAAACCUCAAACUGACAGAAAAAGUUCAGAACUAAUGUUAGAAAGUAUUAUUUCACAGAAAGAGUAGUGGAAGCUUGGGACCAAGCUAGCCAUUACUAUCCAGCAGAAAUAGUGGGUCAAGUCAUCAGUAACUAAGUUUAAACAUGCUUGGGAUAAAUACAUGUUUAUUAUCUGACAAAAAAUUAAAAAUAGAAUAAAAACAAAAUAAAAAUAAACAAUUAAAAUAUUAAAAAGAAAGUGAACUCAGACAAACAAACCAAACACUCAAAGGGCAGACUCAAUGGACCACUGGGUCUUUUUCUGCCAUCAGUUUUAACUCCCAAUAAUUGGUUUAUUUUUUAUGGACAGAAGCAAUGGUGGGAUACAGCC